AUGGCACCCUAUGACCAUGACCUCUUGUCGUCUUCUCUCACCUUGUCCGACCUCUCCAACGCCGCCCCGCCGCCGCCCGCCGCUGCCGGCAGCCUCCACCCGACCGACUCCGAUCUGUCGAGCCUCGCCUCACUCAGCUCGAACCUCGGGCAACUGGUUUCGGCUGCCGAGUUCAACGACUACAGCGACGCCGAGAUCGUGGCCGAUGGCAUCCCCGUCGGCGUCCUACGUGGCGUCCUGGCCGCGAGGAGCCCCUUCUUCCACGAGCUUUUCCAGAAGGAUCGCGUGGGCCCCACCAAUACCACGGAGCGGAAGUACCUGCUUUCCGAUCUGGUGCCUGGCGGGACCGUGGGUUACGACGCGUUUUUGACGGUCUUGAUUUACUUGUACACGGGCCGGGUCAGGCCCGCCCCUCCCGAUGCUUCCACGUGCGUCGACGAGACGUGCCGCCACGACUCGUGCGUGCCGGCAGUCGAAUAUCACGUUCAGCUGUUGUACGCUUGUGCCGCUUUUCGGAUCAACGACCUCAUGGAUUUCGUUGAGCGACGCCUUCAAUAUUUCGCAAACCAAGUUCUCGUGGAAGACAUGAUCCGAAUCGUGAAGGCCGCAAUCCACUGCGGCUCGACCCGCCUCGUCUCCCACUGUGUCCACCGGAUCGCGCUUGUCGACAUCGACGACGUCAUCGUGGACCGGACCCUCCCGGCCGAUAUUGCCACCCGGAUCAAAACCAUCCGCGCAGAGUCCGAUUACGAACAAGAGCACGACUCGUCUCAAGUGAAGCUCCUCCACUGCCUCAACCGCAAGGUCAACAAGAGGAUCUAUCGAGCCCUAGACUCGGACGACGUCCAACUCGUGAAGCUCCUGCUAGACGAGUCGAACCUCACCCUCGACGAGACCUACGCCCUUCACUACGCGGCCGCGUUCUGCAGCCCCAAGGUGUUUGACGAGGUCCGGUCCCUCGGAAAGGCAAAUUUGAACAUUCGAAACGCGAGGGGCUACACGGUUCUUCACAUAGCCGCCAAGCAGAGGGACCCGUCCAUUGCGCUGAGGGUUCUCGAGCACGGUGGGUGCCCGAUGGUGCGCACGUGGGACGGGAGGACGGCAGCCGCGAUGCGGAGGAGAAUAACCCGGCCCAAGGACUUUUACAGCGCAACGGGGCCCGGGAAAAAGACCAAUACGGACCGGCUUUGUAUAGAGGUUUUGGAAAGGGAGAUGCGCGGCGGGAGCCCAUGGAACGGGACCGUGCCGGAGAAGGAAUCGGCUAUGGUGGCGGCACAUGAUCUUCGCAUGAGCCUCCUACUUCUUGAGAACAAAGUGGCAAUGGCGCGAUAUUUGUUUCCCGAGGAAGCAAGAUUAGCUAUGCACAUAGCACGUGCAGAUACGACCUCGGAGUUUUCGGGGCUUUCGACAUCAACAGGAAGCUCGUCCGGCAACUCUAGGGACGUUGAUUCAUAUGAAAUACCACCCGAGCAAGUCAAUAGGCUCCAGCAGAGACUGCAGGCCCUGCAAAAAGCCGUGGAAGCAAGUCGCCGGUUUUUCCCCAACUGCGCAGAUGUUGUGGAUAAGUUGUUGGAGGACGACACGUUAGGCGACCUCUUGUUGGAAAAAGGCAGCCCCGAGGAGCAGAGAACGAAAAGAGUGAGGUACAUGGAACUCAAGGCUGACUUAAUGAAAGCAUUCGAUAAAGAUAUGGCGGUGAACAAGCGUCAAGCUUCUUCUUAUCGGGCUUCCUUGUCGGGUUCGAGAUCCUUAAAAUGA